UUAUUAUAAUAUUUUAGAGUGAUAAAUGAUAAUGAGUGUGUCAAAAGUACUUACUGCUGCUCUAUGUUUGAUAUUCAAUCUAAAUCAAGGGCCCCCAUUUUUUACAUUCCAGAGAAACUUUUUUAGUUUAUUUAGUAGUGAUGGGGGGUUGUGUCCCCCAACUAGACAAAAUGAAGUAAACUUUUAUUUAUAUACAAGGUAGGUGGUAAUGAAUUAGAACAAGCAAAAUAUGUUAAUUAAUGAAGAAUCAUUUGAUUAAUAAUUUUAGGUUUAUAAUUUUACAUCUCAUUGUAUAAAUUUUGUUUUUUAUAAUAUAUAUUCUGUAUGAUCAUCCUUCUAAUAUCCUUUCAAUGGAACAAAUCUAUUGGUCUCAAUAAAAAAACUAUGUAAUAAAAUAUCAUAUUGCCCAUAUAGUACCAUACUAAUGGCAAAAUUUAUUUUUAUUGGCAGCGGCAUGGUUUUUAUUCCAUGUCGAUAUCUUCAAGUAUAUUGAAAAAUUUAGGAAGAGGGACUUGGAAUAUGAAAUUAUUUUUUCAGAAAAAAUACAUCAACACCCGAAGAGCUAUUUCUUAAUGAGACAUCAGUUUUAAGCAAGUCACACUUUGAUAAUUCGAAACCAACAAUUUUUUUCAUCCAUGGUUUCCUUGAGAGUUACACAUCUCACGACUCUGUUGCCAUGAAACGUAGUAUGUCUAUUUUUUACUAUAAAGUAAAUGAUUAAACUUAAAUUUAUUAAUAUUUUAAUAUUUGUUACACAGUGAUCAGGUAUUUGCUCAAAUAUUAGUAGGUUACUUUAGUUGAAGAAAGUUGACCAGUGGGUAACAGCAACAUUAAGAUAAUAUAAAUAAGUUUAUGGGCGGAUUGCAAUAUGAUCCUUAUCAAUGCACAAAUAUUAUAUGUUGGUAACAUAGAAGCUGUUGGCAAAUACAUUGCGGAGUUCAUCGACUUUUUAGUGUCUCAAGGAAUGAAGCUUUCGAAUGUGGAAGUGACCGGUAUGAGCAUAGGAGGCCAAACCUGUGGAAUAGUCGGUAAAAAUGUUAAAAGCGGCAAACUAUCUAAAAUCGUGGCUUUUGACCCUGCCGGAGCUUUAUUUGACUUCUAUACAGAAAGCAGAAGACUUGUUAAAAGUGAUGCUGAAUUAGUGAUUGUGAUUCACAGUGACCCAUGGCUUAAUGGUUACUACAAAUCGUGUGGUCACGUGGACUUUUGGAUAAAUGGGAAACCUUUAAUUCAACCCGGUUGUGAUCCUGUUAACACUACGUCGAGGAAACCGGGAGAUGUUCUUGAACUAGUCUUUUGCAAUCACUUUUUGAGCUACAGAGUGGGAGCGUACUCAAUCUUAAAUCCGGAGGCUUUUUCUAGUAGAAAAUGUGAUUCAUAUGCGAAUUACAAGUUAGGAAAAUGUGAUAAUAAUGAUCUUCAAUAUGUUGGAGAUCAUGUUACUUCUUCAGCAUCUGGUGAUUAUUAUAUAUCAAUUGGAAACGAUAUAUAUUCUAAAUUGGCAGCAACUGGAAUCCAAUGAUAUAUUAAGUAAUUAAAUAAAAAUAUGUCGUUUUAUUAAUAAUAUUAUAAAAAUGUGUUCCAUAUGUUAUUUGAGACCAAUGACAUACACUGAGCCAACUUAGGAUGGAAAAAUCUUUCAAUUAGUAAAAAAUGAUGGAAAACUAUGUUCAAAUACAUUGGGAAAUUAAAAUUACUUAAAAAUAUAUUAAUAAUUAUACAACAUGGAAAAGAACUUUUCUAAAUUGUGUUUCUUAGUUUGUAACUAUUCGACUGGGGUUGUAUCAAAAAUUAAAAAUAUAUG